GGGAGAGAUGAUGAAGCUGAAUUACACACUGAAGAAGGAAACUGUAAAGAAAGCUUGGAUUGGUCUAAAGAGAGAAGGCACUGGGAAAUGGCUGUGGUCUCUGGCAGACCAAACUUUCUACAGAGACGGAGACACUUACAGAAUCUGGAGUAGUGGACAACCAGACAACAACGGGGGACAUGAGUUCUGUGUUCGGAUGCAAGAAAGCUCUGGUACCUGGGAUGAUGACAGAUGUGAUACAACGUACUCUUUUGUGUGUUAUGAAGAAAAGAACACAAACACUAAUAGAUACAUGUUCAUUAAUGAAAAAAAGACCUGGUGUGAUGCUCAGACCUACUGCAGAGAGAAAUACACCGACCUGGUCAGUGUGAGGAACCAAACUGAGAAUGAGGAGAUCAGUGACGUGAUUAAAAGUGCACCUAAUGAAAAAGUUUGGAUUGGUCUGUUUAAUGAUUCCUGGAAGUGGUCAGAUCAGAGUAAUUCCUCAUUCAGAUACUGGAGCUCUGACAAACCCAGUGGAGAUUUGAACUGUGCUGCAGUGAAUGUGUCUGAUCAAGACCACUGGAUCAAUGUGAGCUGCACAGAAAAACUCCCCUUCAUCUGCCAUGAGAAUAAGCUGAUCCUGAUUAAUCAGAAUCUGACCUGGAAAGCCGCUCUGAACUACUGCAGGAACCAUCAUUAUGACCUGGUCUCAGUGCGCACUGAGGAGAUGCAGCUCUGGGUGAAGGAAGUGGUUCAAAACACCUCCACCGAACACGUGUGGCUCGGCCUGCGUCACACCUGCGCUCUGGGCUUCUGGUACUGGGUGACUGGAGAGAUGAUCUGCUACCAGGACUGGGCCCCGGGGAACGGGACAGGGUUCGAAGACUGCAGCCAUGAGGAGAGAACCGGAGCAGUGCAGUCUGGAGGAAAGCAGCAGUGGAUCAGCCUGCCUCAGAGCGACACACUCAACUUCAUCUGCUCUACCUAUGAAGGUUAGUCAGUGUGGUGUUUUCGCUGUAGUAGUUCGUGAUAUCAUUAACAUUUUCUAUACAUUUCUUCUAACACAUUUAAGCAAACAUGAAGUCUGAGCACCAUAUGUGCAACAUCAGAGAAUCCACGUCUUUUUAUUUUUUUCUCAUAUAGAUUUUAAAAUGUUUUCUGAUCCUAUAUGUAAUCUGUGUGGCACACAUACUCUUUUCAUAUUUUCCAAGCAUUAUGUAAUUCAUGCAGAUGAUACUCACUAUAAUAAUAUAGUUUCUAUAAUAAUAUAGGGUUUUUGGGUGAAUCAGGGUGAAUGUAUUUACUUGUAUCACACUUCAGUGUGUUUGAUGUACACAUUUAUUUUAUUAUGCUUUCCGGAUAAUUAAUCUGUAAGCAACUACCUAAUAUUUCAUCUUAAAUAAUCUUCUAUGAGCAAAUAACACCAUAAAGUCAUAAAUACAGGAUGUUUGUAAAAUGUUUGUGGAUGUGUCUCUAUUGUUAUUCAUUUAGUGCAAAAUUUCUCUAUUUUUUUAAACUUCAAUAAAUGAGUGUGUAUUUUUUAAACUGUAUUUUUAAUCAGGGGGCGUUGGUGUCUCUAUACCUGUCAUGUACGAUUUUUAAGAUUUAAAUACUGAAUAUGGAGUGUAAUGAUUAUUGGAAUUAGUUUCUGAAAUAAAAUAAAUCUCACGUA